AUGGACACCUUCUUGUGUAUUUCAAUCAAUCUUCAACAUGGUUUUGAACAAACUUUAGUAUCUUAUGUGAAUCAUUUAAUUUUAUAUAUGAGUGUUGACAUCGAACAUGUCGAUAGAACAGUAGAAGGAUAUUUUCAUCCUAGCGAAGUACUUGGUUGCUAUUUCUCGUGUAUAUUUACCACUUUUGAUUUGGUGGAUAAUGCUGGGCAUAUUGACUUUGACAAACUAUCAACAAGGAUUCCUGAUUCCUUCAAGGAUCAUGGAACCGAAAUGAUUGAAAAAUGCCGCCACAUCACCGGAACUAAUCCUUGUGAUUCAGCAUUUAAUAUUGUCCAAUGUUUCCAAAAAGUUAAUCCAUCGAAAUACUUCGUUAUUUAGAAAACUUUCUUCCACUGAUUGAAAUAUGAAAUAUGAAAUAUUGUGCCUAUUUGGU